AUGCUUCGCCGGAACAGCUGCAAAGGCCCGAAUCACCGCCCCCUGAGCAGGAGCCGGUCAUCCGUCUCGGUGGUGAGAAAUCCUGUCCAUGAGCUUACGGGCAUCGAGCCUUUGGCAGCCGAACGAGACGCAUGCCUUGCCGCAACCAUCUCGUACAGCAAGACGCAGCCUCCUCAGGGGAAUGGCGCGGCAAAGUCUCCUCGUCUGCAUCGCCAGCACAGCGUGAGGUUUGCCGGCCCCAACGCCCAGCCUCAAAGGAAACUCGCUACGCGGGCAAGCAUGGCCGCGGUGGGCGGUAGCAAUAUGCCACGGCGUCUCGCUGGCUCUCAGCAGCUCUCUCAAUCAUCUUUCGAACCAGGGGACGACGCUGCAUCGUUAUCGUACGCGAGGCUACGUAAAUCGAGAUCCAUGUAUUCUUCUUCGAUGAGCAAAGCACCAAACUACUCGACGGACAACGGCGACCAUUCCGAUGUGUUCGACGCAUGGGGAGCAAUGCCACGGCUCUCGUCGCUGGCCAAGAAGGAAAACGAGCCCUUCCGUGGCUCAGAUGGGCCAGCACUCAGGACGCCUAGAUCCAUGGGCUUCCUCUCAAGCAACCAUGACAGAUCCACGUGUCGAACGAGCAUUACCAGCAGUCGUGUAUCCGACCAGCAUGCACAAGGUAGCUUCUACGAGGCGCCAGACCACUCCACUCGCCUACAGAGUCGGCCAUCGAGUUUCUUUCGCUCAAGCUACAAGUACACUCCGAACCCAACGAGCUUUCCCAAAUCUCUCCGAACUAGCAGCACCAACACGACGCUUCUCUCUUCGGCGCAUGCUUACGGAACUAGGAUUUCCAAUGUCCCUUUGAAGCAGCCCAAGCUGCGGACUACAGCUCGUAAAAUCUCAAAGUCGCUCAAGAGCAGGAUCAAGGGGCUGUUCAGUCGUCCCAAGAGUAGAGAUGGCACCGCGGACCAAGCGGAAGAACAUCCCCAUGAGCUUGAGUCGAAUGGCGGCAGCAGUUAUCGUGACCAGACGCCAACAGGGGCACCACAAGAGGCGUCCGUCUACCGUGUGGUAUCUCAUGUGCCCUCUUUCCAUUCGGUGCCACAGAGCCAACAGCUCAGGUCUCGACAGGGCAGCUUGGGAACGAUCGGGGUCGAAGAGGGUACGCUGGACGAUGAUAAAUCGCGAGUCACUAGCUGGACCAACUCUACUACGGCCACCAUUGCUAAUCGGCCAUUGUCGGCCAACUGGAGUCGUCAGUACUCGUCCGGCUUUGGACAAGAUGGCAUUGACGCCUUGCCUUCAUCACACGACCAGGUGGCAGUGCAUCAGGAUGGUCCGCCACCUGCUGGUCCCAUUGUCAAUAGCCAGCGCGUGUACUCGGCGCUCAUGAAGAGACUGCAAGAAAAGCGCAGUGAACAUCCUUCGACGGUCCAAGAUGACGUGGCCCCGGAUCCCCUUGAAGCAGACACCACCCGGAGCACAUCGACAAUCAGACGGCAAACCCGCCACAUAAUGUAUGAAGGCUCUACGCACACAAUUCGCCAUGUUCCGUAUGACGAUGACGUCUUCCAAGAUCGCACUGAAAGGAGACCUGUAUCGUGCUGUUCUUCAGGAUCUACCCAAAGCGUCGUCCAGCCACGCCCAUCCUCCGACUCCAUGCGGAACUCCGGCCGGGAAGCUUGCCCCAGCCUGGACACCGAGGGAGAAUCCGGGGUUUCUCCCAGUAGAAGCACCAUGAAGCCACCCGCAUCUGCCGAAUCGCAGAAGCGGCCGCUGUCCAGCCGGAGCUCAGCCUUCUUUGCUAGCCCUACGUGCCACCUAUUCCGCACGACAAGUCCGUAUCGUCGCGCAUUGCGAGAAAGCAUGAAGGCUGCUCACGGUGGCAGCAAACCUCAAACGCCGGAUAGCAAGUAUCUCAGGUCCCUCUCUGCACUCAGCCUCCCUACGCGCCGCCCAAGCACAGAGGGAUCGCACGAUGACGCACGAGGAGCAUACGCAGAGAGCGUGUACUCUGACAAUAGUGACCAGCAUGCGCUUAACAAUGGUUACCCCCGAUCUCCUUCAAAAGUCACAGACAGAGAGGCAGAGUUCAAAGGUCACGGCGAUGCUACCAUCUUCCUUGAAAGCGAAAGACGACGACCAGGAGCGUCGGGUCAUCACGCGCGAGAUAGCUCCUCUACCAGCUCCGUCGAAUGGAAGACGUGGCUCAGCGCCAACGUGUCCAAGCUGGAGACACCUCCAACCACACUGAACCCGGAGUUCCCGCAUGAGCCUUCGAGUGUCUCUCAGGCCUAUGGACACGUCAGAGAAAAGACGGAAAUUGGGUCUGAUGGGAAUCAAUCUCCUCAGGGUAUCCCCGAUGCUGAGUUGUCGCCGAGAAUUGCCUCCAGUGAAGAGGUCUAUCAGCCAGCCACCUUUACCGCAAUGGCGAGAGCAAAGUUCAAUCUCACGAGUCCCUGGCAAUCUCAAACUACAGCUACCAACGAAAACUCGCCGCCAACGUCGGGAAUCCGACCCAAGACAGUAUGCAGCAUGGACAGCUCACCAGUGGCUCUGAAAGGCAAUCUGCGAACCAUUCCGUCCAUGCCCAACGUCAAUACAUACGCCUCGGCCAAUCUUGAAUCUUCGCUGGAAGUGCCACCCCUAUUCUCAACCAUUGGGCAUGCCAAGUCAGUGGCCCCUUUGCGGGAAGAGACCCGCCUCAAGCGACAGUCGCGGGCACGCCUCGGGCCAAACGACAGCUCGGCCAAGUCCAGUCCCGGCUUCACAACCGCUCUUGAGAGGCAAUUUGGUGUGAGCAAGAUGGGCUCACCGGGGGUUUGGAAGUCCUCGGGGCCGUCGUACGAAGCUGAUAGCGCCCUCAGUUCAGAAGCAGAUCCUGGCGUGGACGAACUGGGACGGCGGGAGCUUGCGGCGCAGGCGAUGGGUAGCCGGAGGAUGGUGGACCUGUUCCUGAGCAGUCGACGGAAGAGAAGCCCGAGUAGCCAGAUGCGGCAGAGCAGCGAUAGCAUGCCGGGUGCUUUUAUCUAA